AUGGUGGUCAAAACCAUUUAUAUAGCGAGACAUGGUUAUAGAUCGAACUGGCUAGCUCAGGGCCCGCAUCCAUUGCCACCAACCGGAAUAGAUAGUGACGUGCCUUUGGCAGAGCACGGCUUACACCAGUCUAAGGAGCUGGCGCACUACAUACUCUCACUAGAGAAUCAACCGGAACUGCUUUUCUCUUCACCGUUCUAUCGCUGUCUGCAGACAAGCGAACCCAUCGGAGACAUAUUGGAGUUGCCCAUCCUGGUUGAGCGAGGCAUAGGUGAAUGGUACAGACCCGAUAGGCCUGUAAUUCCCGUGGCCGCACCUUUGGACGUCUUACAGAACUUCUUCCCCGGUAAGAUAGAUCCGCAUUGGGAAUCGCAGAUUAUACCCAGUAGCAAAGGUGAGACUGAGCAAGAUCUGUUUCUGAGGUGUGGUAAGUUUUGGCCGCUCUUCAUCGCACAGGUAGAGAAACAAUAUCCGAAUGUCGAGACGAUUCUUUUGGUGACUCACGCUGCAGCGAAGGCUGCAUUGGGGAUGAAUUUACUAGGAUUUGCUAACUGGAGGGAGCCAUUGGAUGAGGAUGGCACAAUUAUUAGAAGCGGAAGUUGUUCACUAGACAAGUACGAACUCGACGUCGAGAGUACCUAUCAGGCUGAAGCAGAAGAUGUGCCCUUUGAGCGCAGGAAAUGGAGAAUGACUAUGAAUGGGAACGUUGAAUUCUUGAGCAAGGGCGAAGAGAUGAACUGGGAUUACAGAAAUGCGCAGGAGGCUGGCUCAGAUGCCGACAUGAAGAUGAGACUGGAGGCGGCAGCGGGCAGCGGUAACAUCGAAGCGCCAUUCGAAGAACGUCAAAUGGAAACGGUGUAUGUGAGUGUCGAUAUUCCAAGCAGUAAUUAUAGAGAGAAGUCGGAGAUUGAUAGAACAGCCACUUUGCAAUACUCUGGAUUGGAGACUGAGGCGCCUCUAUUCAGAGUUGGCGAUCAACUUUAUGAGGGUAAAUGGAAGAAGUUGGUGGGCACAGAGCUGGCGUUCCCAAAUGAGCCUGUGACUGCGAAGAAAAAUAGUAACAACGGUGCUUUGGAUGCUUCCAGCACUCAGGAAGAUGAAAUCGACUCAGCAAAGUACUCAGAAUCGACUGAAGUGGUAAUGGAUGAUGCGCCAGAGCUCGAGCAGGACGAGGAUAAACAUUUUGAGAAGAUUUACAAAAUACGUGAUCGUAUUGUUUUGGACAAGGUUGAGCGGAUUUAG